CUCUGUGAACCAGCCCUUUGAACGGCCAGCAGGCACAUAGUGGACAUUAGCCCAAGAGAUUGAAACAACAACGGAAACCAAGAGACGGGCCUUUUUUGAACGUUCUCCCUCACUUUAUCAUACACAACCACUUUUCUCUGUAUGAGGCAAGCCUUUCAGAAUGUCGCGAGGCAGCUUUGUCUUCACACCCAUGGCCUUGCGUUCUCUUGAACUUGACAAGGACAUGCUAGAGAGAUACAAGUACAAGAGGCAGAUGGCGUCCCAUCACCUCAGGAGCUAUAUGCUGAAGAAGGAGGCCAGGGACAGGGAACCGCUGAGGUCCAGCGCUGCCCUUCCACCAGCUGUGUGCCAAGAUGUGGUCAUCCAGAACGCUCUAUAUACAGGAGACUUGGAGGCUAUGCAGCGCCUCUUUCCUAGAGGAUCCACAGCAAACCUCAUCAUUGAGCCACGGGGAGGGGACAUGCGCUGGGUCGCCAGAGGGGAAGGACUGUGGUCACUGACUUAUGAGCAGGAACUGACCACACCACUUCACAUCACGGCUGGUCGAGGUUUCACGGACUGCCUGAAACUCCUGCUGCAACGCGGGGCCAACGUAGACCUAGCACCUGGUGGCACCACUGCCCUCCACGAGUCCUGUGAAAACUGCCAGCCGGAGUGUACCAGACUGCUGCUGAUCCACGGCGCUAACGCCAGUGCUGUCUCUGAAGAUGGCCUUAUGCCUCUGCACGUUUGUACAAGCCCAGAAUCCCUUGAAUGUGCCAAAUAUCUCCUUCAGCAUGGUGCAGCAAUCAAUGGUUGCACUGUUUACGAAAAUGACACUCCCUUACAUGUGGCAGCCAGGAACGGUCUCUCAGACCACACCGAGCUCUACCUGUGCUACGGAGCUACUGUGGACAAACAGAACGAAGAGGGUCUCACACCCCUGAACGCUGCUUGUUCUCAGCCACAGGAGGUGCAGGACCUCCAGUGUUACUUCAAGGUGUGCCAGAUGCUGCUGGGGGCAGGGGCUGAUGUCCACACUAUGGACCAGGACAGACACACUCCUUUGCACAUGGCCUGUAAGAAUGUAAAUCCAGACAUAGUGGAUUUGCUCCUGGCUAAUGGUGCCUGUGUUAACAACAUGGACUACGGUGGUGAAGCUCCCAUGCACAACAUCCUGAAGGUGGUGUCCUACAAGGUUUCCCAUCACCCAGAGAGGAUUGUUCGUGCUCUGCUCAACCAUGGCUCUAUUCGGGUGUGGCCUGGAUCUCUGCCCAGGGUUUUGAAGUACUGCGCGGAAUCUCCAUGUACCAUCGAGGUUCUUCUGAACGCCUACAGUCACCUCAAAGUCACAGACACCUGGGUUGAGUCGGUUUCUGCAGAGGUGUUUAAGGAACACAAGGAGUUCUAUGAGUCAGUCUUCUCCUUGGCACUGACUCCUCGCUCCCUGCAGCACUUGGCCCGCUGCAGACUCAGGAGCUUCCUGGACGGCCGAGCACACAGGGUGGUCCCUAAACUUGAUCUGCCCACCUUCAUCAAGAACUACCUGCUCCUGGGGUACAGGGGCUAUAUCCACUGAAAGCGCUUUGUGCAGGCCUAGUGAAGACUGGUGAAGACUGAGUGCUGCUGAAUGUGAGGAGGGAGAGGCAGUUCACAGUAGAAUGAUACUCACUAAUACUCAGAGAGUGUAGCAGUAUGCAUCAAUAGUCUGGAUAUUUUUAAAUAUAUUUUUUGUCACAUGUAACAUGACUUGUUUUCUGUCACUUUGAUUGCAGAUCUAGCUUUCAGUUAGAUGUUUGAUUUUACACCACAAGAGGGAGCUAUAGCCUUGAGUUGACAGAGUAUAUAGCAAGUGUGCAACUGUACGUUUUAUAUUCUAUUUAUUAUGUGAUCACAUUUUUUUUUUUUUUUUUACUUCUGCACUUGAUAGUAAACAGGCCAACUUGCUAGUAUUGUUAUACAUAAUAAUUUUUCAAAGUUUGAUGUUAUGCGCACAGUAAUGACGUGUUUUACACUGAGGACUGCCAUCAAAUAUUUGCAUGAAUAAUUAUUAUUCCAAUCUGGUUGUAAUUAGGCGUUUUAUAUCAAAAUUAGGCCUGAUAUGAAAUAAAAUAUUCCACCGUA